GAUUGGCCAAAUACAAUUGGAUCAAUUCAGGCAGUCGUAAGCCACUCAGAACUGUUUACCUUCGGGGAAUGCUGUACGGGGGCACACAGCCAGCGCUUCACUCUCAGGGCAAUAACCCAUCGCAUUUCCUCUCAGGCACCCAAAACUCCACCUCUCCAUCGCCAGAUCUCCUUGCACCAUGGAGCGGUCGUUCUCACACCUGUUGCGGACCUCCCGCCUCGCCACCUUCGACAAGAACAUCGCCCAGAUCUACACCACCCCCCAAAAGGCUAAGGCGAUCGGCGACUGGGGUCUCAAGCGCAACCUGCCCACCGUACUCAGGACCCACAACCUCUACAUCGAACAACUUGACACGGCCGAGCACCAGACACCCUUCCAGUCCGCGACGUCCGACUACCUGUUCUUGCAACGUUGGAAGGAGAAUUUCCCGCGCUCGCGUCCUCCACAGCCCCAGCCCGUCACUGUCAAGAAGGAUCUCGCGACCAUGACCGACGCUGAAUUCCAAAAACUGCUUCAGUCUGCCAAGGAGAAGAGACAGGCCUGGAAGGAGGCCCUGGCCGAGAAUAAGGUCCGAUCAGACGACCAUCUGGACUUUAUGAACAUCAUGCCCAGAGAUACCAAGGGCGGCUCUAUCGACACCGCCACUUCCCAGGCCACCGUCGGCGUUUUAUCCAUCACAGGAGCAUCCGGCACUUCGACCACAGCACCCUUGACCGGAUCCAACACCCGCGUCAAGGUCGGACCCACUUACGGAUUCUUUGAGCCCUCGACUCCAACCAUCGUCCAGGGACGCAGCUUGGGCCGAACCAAAAGCAACCAGGUCAUUGGUGUCUGCGGUGUCGUUGCUUCAUUACCUACAUACAACGCGCCACAUCUUCAGAACGCCCUGCAACCAUCCAAAUCUCUGCAACCAUACUACGUCUACAGAGCCGAUCUCGACGCCGACGGACGCCCCAAUGUUGUGUUGGGUCACACAGCUCCAGGACCAGGACAUUGGCUUACGGGAUCAUUGGGAGGCCGCGAUCAUUACAACUACAACGGCAGCAGCCGUUUGCCCCAAGGCGCUGCCUCCAACACCACCAACAAGAGCUCUGCUGAAGCCAAUCCCGGACGCAAGGUUAUCUCGCGUGUCCAGGACCUUUUGGAGGAGCGGGACAAGUUCCCUUCGUCCUCGUAAAGAACUUUAUCAUUUCGUUCUCGUUCCCUUCUACUCUAUCAUCGACACCUCUCUUAGAAAUUGCUGUUCAUAUUCCAUGUUAUUAAAAUCCAGAAAAAAAGAAAAAGAAAAAGGAAAAAACCAGUAGAGUAAUAUCCAGCUUGUCUUGUUUGUUUGAAGAGUCGUUUAUUGCAUCUUGACACCUUUUCUUUCUUUUUUAGUCCAGGCAAAUUUUAAACAUUUGCUGGCACCGUGAUCUUGUACCAAGGUCGUCGCUGGCGGGGAUGGCAUUGUCUUUUUUUUUCUUUUUCUUUUUCUUUUUCUUUUUUUCUUUUUU